UAAAAUAAUUAACCACUAGCAUGAAUUUAAGUACCAAUUGUCCUUGUAAUUAUUUUCCUCAAAAUUAAAUCAAGUCUCUGGAUAUAUAUCCACGACACGUAGAUUUAAUGUGAAUUAUGCGACUUUGAAAAAUCAGAAAGCCUAGAACAAUUGCGACUUUCGUGCAUGCAUGCGAAUUGGCAUAUCCAGUUAUAAUAAUUAACAUUAAUAAUAUAUAAAUAUAUUGGAAAAAGAAAAGGUUGAAAAACAAACAUGACUUUGCUUAAAUUUCUUCAAGAAUAAUAUAAUAUAACGCAGAAGAAAAUAAUUUUGAAGGAGGAAAAGUAAAUAAAAUGGGAACAAGUUUGGUUUUCAAAGGAAAUUUAAUGUUCAUGAAAUUAAUUAACAUGAUUAAUUCAAACCUGGAGUUCCCACAAUAUAAUAUUAAUUAAUUCAUGCUUCUAACAUUAUAAAUAGAACACAACAAUUCUUCCCAAAAAAAAACACACACAAACAAAUAAUUAUCAUCUCUUAAUUAUUAAUCAUGAAAACUCCAAGCAUUUCUACUCUUUCAUUCAUUCUUUUCGUUAUCUUUUCGUGCUCGUGUGCAUCGGUUUCUGCCGAUGGACACGAAGAUUUUCUCGAAUGUUUGUCCGAAGAAUUCCAUAACUACCCCUCGAUUUCCAACGUUACUUACACCCCAAUCAACAACUCGUCUUCUUAUUCGUCCAUCCUUCGGUUCUCGAUCCAAAACCUAAGAUUCACUUCCGAGUCCACCCCGAAACCGCUAGUGAUUAUAACCCCCGAACACGAAUCUCAAAUCCCACCGAUAAUCCACUGCGCGAAAGACAGCGAAGUUCAGAUCAGAACUCGAAGCGGGGGCCACGAUUACGAGGGUUUGUCCUAUGUUUCGCCAGUCCCGUUUAUCAUCCUCGAUUUGAUCAACUUCAGCGAAAUAACAGUUGAUGCCGUGAACAAAACUGCAUGGGUUGAAUCCGGUUCAACCAUUGGCUCUUUGUAUUACAGGAUUGCAGAGAAAAGCCCGGUUCUAGGGUUUCCUGCUGGUGUUUGCCCUACCGUCGGAGUUGGCGGCCAUUUCAGUGGAGGCGGCUACGGUAAUUUGCUGAGGAAAUACGGCCUGGCGGCAGAUAACGUAAUCGAUGCUCGACUAAUCGACGUUAACGGCAGGAUUCUCGAUAGACAAUCGAUGGGGGAGGAUCUUUUCUGGGCGAUUAGAGGUGGUGGAGGCGCAAGUUUCGGUGUGAUUCUUGCAUGGAAGGUACAACUCGUGGAUGUACCAGAAAGAGUUACUGUUUUCACAGUGCAGAAGACUUUGGAGCAAAACGCGUCUCGGUUAAUCCACCGAUGGCAAUACGUUGCGUCGAAAUUCGACGAGGAUUUGUUCAUCAGAAUCAUUAUCGCUAGGGCUAAUAGUAGUUCCAGCCAAACUGGAGGAAACAACGUAACUCUCAAUGCUUCGUUUAACUCGAUCUUCUUAGGCGGUGUCGACAGGUUGCUUCCUAUGAUGCAAGAAAGUUUCCCUGAGUUGGGUUUGGUGAGAGAAGACUGUACGGAAAUGAGCUGGAUCGAAUCCAUACUUUAUUUCGACGGGUUUCCAAUCGAAAACCGUGAAGUUCUGCUAAACAGGACUCAGCGUAGUGUGAGAUACUUCAAAGCGAAAUCAGAUUACGUGCAGACACCGAUCCCUGAGUUUGCGCUUGAAGGAAUCUGGCGACUGUUUUUCGAACCGGAAGCUGACGAGGCGGUGGUGAUAUUCAGCCCGUACGGCGGAAGAAUGGAUGAAGUUCCGGAAUCUUCGAUUCCGUUCCCACACAGGGCGGGAAAUUUGUACAAAAUCCAGCAUUUGGUGUACUGGGAGAAGGAAGAAGAUCAAAACUCCGGCAGGUACUUAAGCUGGAUAAGGAGGCUGUACGGUUACGUGGCGCCGUACGUUUCCAGGUUUCCGAGGGCGGCGUAUAUAAAUUACAGGGAUCUUGACAUUGGAAUGAACAGGAAUGAAGGGAGAACAAGUUACGCAGAGGCGAAUGUUUGGGGGAUGAAAUAUUUCAAGGGCAAUUUCGAGCGUCUUGUUCGGGUGAAAACAAUGGUUGAUCCACGGAAUUUCUUCAGGAACGAACAGAGCAUUCCGUCGCUUCGUGAGGAGAUCGACGACUGAAAGAUAUCAUAACAUGCAUGCCACGCGCGCGCGUGGAUUCUCACGUUUGCAAACCUACUAUAUAUAGAUAAUGCAUUUUUUUACUAUUUGUUUAUUUGAUUUUAAUUUCUUGUAUUUGUGUGUGAAUAAGCUAAGGCAUUGUAGUACUAUUUCUUUUAUAUGACUUGUAAUAAUAAUGAUUGUUGUAUAUGUACUAAAUAAAUUGUUUGAUUGGUGGAAAUAAAUUUUACUUUGUUUGACUU